AUGAAUAAAGGAGUGGGUGAAGGAAUGAGUAAAGGAAUGGGUGAAGGAAUGAGAAAAGGUGUGGGUGAAGGAUUGAGUAAAGGUGUGGGUGAAGGAAUGAGAAAAGGAGUGGGUGAAGGAUUGAGAAAAGGUGUGGGUGAAGGAUUGAGAAAAGGUGUGGGUGAAGGAAUGAGAAAAGGAGUGGGUGAAGGAUUGAGAAAAGGUGUGGGUGAAGGAAUGAGAAAAGGAGUGGGUGAAGGAAUGAGAAAAGGAGUGGGUGAAGGAAUGAAUAAAGGAGUGGGUGAAGGAAUGAGUAAAGGAAUGGGUGAAGGAAUGAGAAAAGGUGUGGGUGAAGGAUUGAGAAAAGGUGUGGGUGAAGGAAUGAGAAAAGGAGUGGGUGAAGGAUUGAGAAAAGGUGUGGGUGAAGGAAUGAGAAAAGGAGUGGGUGAAGGAAUGAGAAAAGGUGUGGGUGAAGGAUUGAGAAAAGGUGUGGGUGAAGGAAUGAGAAAAGGAGUGGGUGAAGGAAUGAGUAAAGGUGUUGAAGGAAUGAGUAAAGGAAUGUAUGAAGGAAUGAGUAAAGGAGUAUGA